CUUUAUACCCCAGAACUUCCCGACGGUAACAAACUUUGGGCCUUGAUCGAAGAAUACUUCUCUCACAUCCAUCCCCUGCGAUGCUUUGGAUUUGUGCAUAAGCCUUCAUUCAUGCAACGAAUAGAUGAGGAUGUUGGAUCGUUCCGUGACGAAGAAUCAUUGCUCCACGUAAUAUGUGCGCUUGGUGCGAAGUUUAUUGCUUUGAAUUAUGCGCCUCAAUUGUCUCCUGAGCUAAUGCUGACCGCGGGAAAUCAAUGGGCCAAGAUCGCCAAAGCUCGAAUAUUUGUCGACCUAGAUGAUCUUUCCAUUGAAAAGUUGAUGACAGCAAUUCUUCUCUAUGACCACGAUCUUCGAAUCGGAAGCUAUGCGAGCGCAUUCAUGCUCAGCGGGAUGACCGCCCGAAUGUCACAAGCAUUGCAAUUAAGUCUAGAAAGCUCGGCGGAUGUGCUUUGUUCAAAGUCAGACUCAUCACCCGUCGUCAAUGAAGCGCGACGUCGUUUAAUGUGGAGUUGUUAUGUCAUGGAUAGUUGGGUAGGCAGUGGCGUUAAUCAACUCACUCUACUGGAAGAUCGAGAUGUCAAAAUCCAGCUGCCAUGCCAUAGUCAUAACUUUAUCCUGGGUAUCCCCUGCAUCACAGAAACGCUCGAUGCUGGCAAGGUCCUAAACUUCGUUUCCGAUAAUCAGAUUCCUCCAGAUCCGUCUCAAAAUAUGGGAAUAGAGUCAUAUUUCAUUCGUCUUGUGAGCAGUCGGAAGAAGGUAUUGCGAUAUGUUAAGCAUCUGGAUACCUCUGAGCCCCCUUGGCAACCUCGCUCCGAAUUUCUAUUACUGUCAGCCGAAUUUGACGCAUGGCGCCGGUCACUCCCGCAGAGCCUGACGUGGAGUCCGGGUGCCAUAUAUGCCCGCAAAGAAUCAUCUCAACUUGGCGCGUUAACACUACUCUGGUGCACUUUCCAUCAAACAUUGGUUGAUCUAUACCGUAUCGGAAUGCCAAUUCUGUUCCGAAUACAGAAAGACAUCGAUUUCCCUCCCGAACAACAAGAGUUUCUGGACAAUUGCCGCAGAGCUUGCUUUGAUAAUGCCCGGGAGGUGUCUACCAUCCUAUCCGAGGCAUUCAAACACGGAAUUAAGGUGCUUGCGGAUACUUGGCUCUGCAUCAUUGCCCAUGACAGCACCAAGGUCAUGCUUUACUACUUGAAGCUAAACGAACGCUCACGCACACUGGAUCAGAGAGAAGUCGACAACACAAUAGCGUUGGCGCAGCGAAACCUUGAAGGACUACUGCAAAUGAGACCUAUGGUUGCAACUGCGGAACACUGUUACUUGUCUGUCCUUAAGAUGAUGAUUGCUGCUGGCAUUCAGCCCCAGAUUUCUCACGGUGCUAUUUCUGCUCCCCGAGCUCCCAAUGAAACCGAGGCAGCACCCUCCGCUCAAGGAUCCCCAAUGCAAGAAUCCCCAGAAAACGUGCUAAACCCACUUGCCAUCUACCGAAUGGCACGAACAGCCCUGCACGAAAAAGGCGCACAAUCGUCUGCGUCGAAUUCUCCAUCUACUCAAAACACUGCUUCACCCGUGGCGACACGUUCACGCCUUGGUCGGACUCGACACCGCGAUCAGUCAAGAGUCGAUGUUAUACAAAUGCCUUCCCCAACUUCAGGCCAAACGCUUAACGAAUUUCCUGGAUCUAAUAUAUACCAAGGCAUGGAAAAUUUCUACUUGCCACAACAUAGGGAGGACCCAUCACUAGAAAUGGCGAACUUAGCUCCCAUGGCCGCUGGCCUUGGUGGGACUUGGGACCCAGGCGAUUUAGCCGUCAUGGACAUACUAGACGGCGGCAUCGCACCAUGGACAGCGGACUAUUUGACAGAUGGCCAAUCCGGGGUAGACCCUUUUCUGUUUCCGUUUUAA